AUGGAGGAAAUUAUUAAAGAGUCUGAUGCUCUUUAUGACGCUUAUAAAAUUGACGAUGCAUAUGCAGUUCUUGAAAAAUAUGGAUCUGGAACUGAUCCUGAACUUCUAUGGAGACUGGCCAGAGUUCUUUGCGAAAAGGGGAAAAUGACGGAAGAUAAGGAUCAACGCAAGAAAUUUAUAUAUGAGGCAUACGAAAUGAUUCAAAAAGCUGUUGCUAACGAAGGCGAAAAGGGUUGUUUUGGUGCACACAAAUGGUUUGCAAUUCUGUUAAACUAUAUUGGAGAAUAUGAGGGAACGAAAGAACGUAUUAAGAAAGCGUCUGAUAUCAAACUUCACUUGGAAAAAGCGCUUGAUCUUAAUGAGAACGAUCCGACAACGUGGCAUAUAUUGGGAGCCUGGCAUUUUACUUUUGCUGAUAUGGGAACAUGUACAAGAAUGGUUGCAAAGACAAUAUUUGGGACACCACCUAGUUCAACAUAUGAUGAGGCAAUGAAAUGCUUUGAAAAAGCUGAAUCAAUCAGUCCAAAUUUUUACUCAAAAAAUUUGUGGUAUAUGGCUGAGAUUUACGAUCGUCUGGGAAAGAAGGAAGAGGCGAUUCAAUUAUACAAGAAAGCAUUCAAAAUGCCUGUUUUAAGUGCAGACGAUAAAGAAGUGCACGAAACGUGUAUAUAUGUAUUUGCUUAUCAGCUGUGGUGCACACUAUUUGGUUACACUGAAUAA